GAACACGCCCUGCCUACUGGAGGAUCCGGAAGUUGCGUAGCUAGCGCAGUCUGGCGGUGAAAUUCAAACAGCUUGAUUUGCUUUUUUUGCUCAUGUACAUUUCUUUUCUGUGUUCGGAGUUUAGCUUUAUGUUCGAGUUGCUGGAAUUAUUGUACAGUACAAAAUUUGCGGCCUUAUAGUGACCACAGCACAGUGACCAUGGAGCUCUGAAACAGCCGGACCCUAGAGGAAAAGCUUCUCAAGUACUUGUCAACUGUAAGAUACACUGAAUACAGAAGAUGGACACAGAACACCGUGCUGCCUUUAUUGAUACAAUGAGGAAAGAGCUUAUCCAGGGGGUUUCCUCAGUGCCGCCUCUGGCUGAUGAGCUGUUCCAGAAAAAGUACAUCAGUAAAGAGGCAUAUAACAAUAUCUGCUCAAAAAGUACCAGCCAAAACCAGAUGAGAGAACUCUACAAAUAUCUCAACAGCAAAACAAUCAAAUCUGCAUUUUAUGAAGCCCUGCUGAAAGAGGACAGUCUACUUCUUGAAGAACUGGAGAAGAAAUACAAGAGCCCAGAUCCCUCACCGAACGAGUUCCAUGGCUCUCCCCAGGGUCUUAAAGAAUGGAAGAGAAAUAGCAUUGCUCAUAGAGCCAAAUUUGAGAACCUCCUCAAAGAUCCUGAACUGCAGAAGCCGGGAAACGGGAAACUCCGCCUCUGCACAAAAGAUGACUACAGUAUAGGAAAUGGAUCUGAAGGAACCCAGGUGUAUAUCGGACUGCGGGAUGAUGGUACUGAGGUAGCAGUCAAACGAAUGCUUAAGGUUAAAUAUAAACAACUGAAGAAUGAGAUGGAAUUGCUCCGAGAUCCAAAGCUGGAGCACAGGAACAUUGUCCGAUAUCUAGAUUUCACAGAAGACCGCGAUUUUUAUUACCUCUGCCUCCAACUCUGUGAGUAUAAUUUUGAAGAUUACAAGAAAAUAAAAGAACUGGACCAGGAGGCUUUGAAGAAAGUGGUAAAGGAAAUGCUUCUUGGAUUGCAAGUCCUCCACAAUGCUGGUAUCAUCCACCGAGAUAUCAAACCCUCCAAUAUUUUAAUUGAUGCGAGAGAAAACGUGAGAUUGUCUGAUUUUGGUAUAAGCCGCAUGGUAAACCAAGAUGCGAGCACCGUGUACACCGCAAGAGCCGGGACUCGAGGCUGGGAGGCGGCAGAGAUCCUGAAAGGGGAUGGACAGUGUGCUUACAAAAGAAGCAGCGACAUUCAGGUGGCUGGAAUGUUGGUGUAUUACAUCCUCUCUCGUGGCUUUCAUCCUUUCGGCAAUGUUUAUAUAGUGGAAGAAAAUAUCCGGAAAGGAAAUUACCAACUGGAUCAAACAACUGACGUGGAAGCAAAAGAUCUGAUUGAGAAAAUGAUUGCACCAGAACCACCAGACAGGCUGAGUGUUGCAGAGGCAGUAGAUCAUCCGUAUUUCUGGGAUGAUGAAGGGAGAGAUGAUUUUUUGAGAACCAUCGGGGACAAGGAACCCGUCCAGAACUACAAAGAUGUAGAUGGUGAGCUCCGUAAAGCUCUGGAAAAACACGCACAGUUUUUUGGAUGGAAAUCUAAGGUGAGAGAUUCGGUACCAGACGAUGCAAUGAAGAAAGCACGUCAUUUACCAGAUGAUUUACUUGGCUUCCUGCGUUUUCUGCGUAACAAUUUGGUGCAUGAUACCAAGAGGUUCUACGAAAACAACAUGUAUAAGGAUUUCUUUCCAGAAUUCUAUGUCUGCGCAAACCAGUUGGCCAAAGAUAUGGGUUGGAAAUAACAAGCUGCAUGCAGUCAUCACAUUCUUAUACUUUUUACUGCAUUCUCCAGAACGACUGACAUUUAUCUCAUUUAAGCAGUUGAGAGUUAAGGGCCUUGCUCAGGGGCCCAACAGUGGCAGCUUGGUGAAUGGUGGGAUUCAAACUCCUAACCUUCUGACCAGUAGUCCAACACCUUAAUCACUGAGCCACUGCAUCACGGUUCUCCACCUAGCUCUCCGGUCCUGAGCGCUUUAUAAACAGUGCAAACUCGAGUCUGUUCAGGUUUUUGUUCUGUUCUCUUUCUAGUUCCCGUGCCACCUGUGUUGUUUUGAUUCAUGUCUUAUCUCCGCCCCUGCCUGGUGAUUGGUUGAUUGUUCUGCUGAUUAUUCUGUGUAUUUAAACCAGGGCUGUAACUAACGAUUAUUUUCAUAAUGGAAUAAUCGGGCGAUUAUUCGAUGAAUCGUUUCGAUUCGAAUGUCAUUCGUUGACAGCGAUUUUCAUUAUCGUUUAUUAUCGAUUUGAUUGAUUUGUUGUUUCAGCCCUAAUUUGUGCCCUGUUUGACUAACAGGGCACAAUCUUUUAUCCCAUGUGUGAGUCUAAUUAUUUUCUACUUUUUUACAGUAAUAAUGUUAUAAACUCAUAAUAAACUCCAAAAAAA